UAAACUGCAUUUACAUUUAUUGCAUACCUGUUUUUCUUUUCUUUCAAAAAAAGCACUUUUUGAAGUGUUAGUUGUAAAGACAAGAUCUUUAAUUUGGUUUACUUAUGCUAUUCAUCUAAUCAUCCAUCUUACAUUGGCGGUUACACCCUAAACACUUGAUACAUAUUGCGAUUACAGCAUGUUUAGUGGAUUCAACGCCGAUGUUGGUGUUCGGUCAACGAUGUUCUUUUCAACCUCUGUGUCUUCUCAAUAAUUAGCAUGUUGUUUCUCAUGGUUGUAUUAUCUAUAUUUAGUGUUUGUAUCAUCAUGAAACCUGCAGAUGUUUAGCUUGACUUUUAAUGUAUGAAUCUUCUUUCGGCUAGUGGUCUCAAGGGGCAUUUAAGAUGCUCCUCAACUAAGUGGUUGGGAUGCAUGUGAUCUUAUUUGCAAUCUUUUUGUGAAUGAUUCAUACACUAAUUGAUCUAAUUUAUGUUAUGAUGUGAAAUUCAUUUUGAAAUGAUUUGAAUGAUUCAACCUUGUACAACCCGUUCUUGUGUCUGAGUUUCCAAUAUUUAAGCAGCCAAAAUACACAUCAAGAUUAUCCACUUACAUAACAGUAUAAAAUUAAAAAAAAUAAAACAAAAUUGGUACACUAGUGGAACAUCUAGAAGGAAAAACCCUUCUCAGAGUUCCAUCUGUUUGAUUUCUAUUACCUAUGUUAAUUGCGUGGAGUCCAUAUGAACAGCGUUGACUUAAAGUUUUAGCUUAAAGAUGGUUUAUGCACCCAAUGCCACUGCAAAUGCAACUGAGUUGACUCGACAAACUCACAAUCAAGAUUCAUCUAUGUGUUAUUCAUCCGAUCAAUCUCACAAGGAUGAUAAUAUUGAUACACAAGUGCUUUAUUCUCAAGAUCACUACUCAUCAGACUCAGAUGAAAGCAACAAGAAGCUUGAAGAAACUCAAGUGAGGCCAAUCUUAUUCAUGGGGAAUCCAAGUUUUGGCAUGACUGAUAAUCAAACUGAAAGGAACAUGCCAGUCGUAUGUUUGUUAUGUGUCAUUCCUUUUUUAUUCCGUUUCUCGGAUACUUUACUAACUUUAUUCUUUUGCUUUUUGAAUCAGAUUCAACAUGCUUAUGCUGAUCAUUACAUGAAUGGCUUUUAUGCUGGUUAUGCACCGCAUCCCAUGAUUCAACCUCACUUUAUACAAAUAGCUCCUACCCGAGUUCCACUGCCCCUUGAUCUAUCAGAAGAUGGCCCUGUUUAUGUGAACGCAAAACAGUAUAAUGGUAUCCUCAGAAGGCGCCAGAUCCGUGCUAAGCUUGACUCUCAAAACAAACUCGUCAAAAACCGUAGGCCUUACCUUCAUGAAUCACGACAUAAGCAUGCUUUAAAUAGGGUGAGAGGAUCGGGUGGGAGGUUCCUUCCUACCAAAAAAACUCAGCAAUCUAAACCUAGCUGCUUCUUAAGCUCCCACUGCGCUACAACAUCUGGAAGUGAUCAUGUUAUGUAUUCGCACAUGGAUCAAGGAUACUCAUGGGGGCGGAGAGGAAGUGAAGGGUUCCUGAGCAAUGUGGAUCAUAAUCAUGCUUCUAUAGGCCGGUGAGGCACGGGUUCUGCAAUGGUAAAGAACCGGGCUGACACACCGGCUGGGCAACUCAUCCUUGGCUUUGUUACUAAGUUUCGAUGUUCAUUUUGUGAUCGUUGAGCUUAUAUUUAUAAUUUUUGUUUGGAAAAAGUUUGUAUUUUAACCUUGAAUGCUAUUCUUCACCACUAGACUUUGUAUAAAUUGAAGGGUUGGAUUCUGAUUAUGGGAAUUGCAAAUAAUUAUGAAA